GAGGGGGCGGGCUCUGCAGGGAAGUGCGUCAGAGAAGGCGCGGGGAGAGUAGGGUGCUGUGGUUUGAGCUUGAGGGUGAAGCUGGCGGAGCAGGAGGAUGGGCGAGCAGUCUGAAUGCCAGAAUGGAUAACCGUUUUGCUACAGCAUUUGUAAUUGCUUGUGUGCUUAGCCUCAUUUCUACCAUCUACAUGGCGGCCUCAAUUGGCACAGACUUCUGGUAUGAGUAUCGAAGUCCAGUUCAAGAAAAUUCCAGCGAUUUGAACAAAAGUAUCUGGACUGACUUUGCUAGCGAUGAGGCAGAUGAAAAGACUUAUAAUGAUGCACUUUUCCGAAAUAACGGCACAGUGGGAUUGUGGAGACGGUGUAUCACUAUACCCCAAAACACAUACUGGUAUAGUCCACCAGAAAGGACAGAGUCAUUUGAUAUGGUCACAAAAUGUAUCAGUUUCACGCUAAAUGAGCAGUUCGAGGAGAAAUUUGUUGAUCCUGGAAACCACAAUAGUGGGAUAGAUCUGCUUCGGACCUAUCUUUGGCGUUGCCAGUUCCUUUUACCUUUUGUUAGUCUAGGUUUGAUGUGCUUUGGGGCUUUGAUUGGACUUUGUGCUUGUAUCUGCCGAAGCUUGUACCCCACCAUUGCCACAGGCAUUCUCCAUCUCCUUGCAGGUCUGUGUACACUGGGCUCAGUGAGCUGUUACGUUGCUGGAAUUGAACUACUCCACCAGAAACUAGAGCUGCCUGAGAAUGUGUCUGGCGAAUUUGGAUGGUCCUUCUGCCUGGCUUGCGUCUCAGCUCCCUUACAGUUCAUGGCUUCUGCUCUCUUCAUCUGGGCCGCUCAUACCAACCGGAAAGAGUACACCUUAAUGAAGGCAUAUCGUGUGGCAUGAAUGGGAAGCUGCCUGCUUUACAAUUGCCAUUUUUAUGAGUUUUUGAUAUUAAUAUUUUCCCUUAUCUGCCCCCCAGUUGUUUUUAAUUUAACUCUUUUUUUAAUGGGUAUACCAUUUUAUCCUGAAAAUCCGUUUUAUUUAUUCACGCAGACAGUUGUUUCUUAAUACCACUAAAAUUUAUAUGGAACCUGAGUGAUUCCAUCUUUCAGUCAAACUAAUCUAGGUUCAGAGUCCAGACAGAAAAAAAUUGGGUAAACUCUUGGCACAAAUUUGUGAAAGAAAAUUGGUAGUAAGAGGUUGACCCAAAGCAAGUGCCGCUGAGGUCUGUUGGAUAAAGUAUCUGUUUAACUGGAAACUCUAGUUUGUUUGGGAAACAAUCAUUGUCAAAACUUACGUUCACUUUGCUGUUGUAGAUAGCCAGUCAGCCAGGCUAUUUUCAAGGACUUAGGCUAUCUAAAAUAAGGAAAUUAUCUAAGAUCUUUUUCUCUAAAUAUCGGCGUAUAACUUCAUCUGAGGUGAAAUAUCUUCAGUUGUUUAUCUGUACUGUGUCUUGUUUACAAGAAAGGAAGUGUUUACAUGGAAUUUUAACUUUGUAACUGCAAGAAUUCCAGUUCAGCCAGAGAAGAGGAUUAACCUUAUUUUACUUUUUUUAAAAAACUCUCCUUAAUACGUCAAUAGGAUUUUUAGUAUCGCCAGACCAUUUUGGAUUUUUGUUCCUUCCCUCCUCACACACCAGACUUAUUAAAAGAGUGCUUUUUUUAAACACUACGUUGGGGUCACAGAGUAAAAUUCUCCAACUGCCAUACGUUUAUUUCAGCUAAGUACCAUAAAGAAGGUUACACCAUAAUGACCCUCUGGAGCUAGGAAAACUACCACAAGAUCUAAAGCUUUGGCUGGUCAUUAACUUCCAACUAUGGUCUUUAUUUCUUGUGGUGAAAUGAUGUGCCUUUCCUUGCCUAAUCCCUUCCUGGUGUGUAUCAACACUAUUUAAUGUCUUCUAAUUCAGUCAUUUUUUUAUAAAUAUGUCUAUAAACAUUGAACUUUAAAAAAUCUUAUUUAUUUAUUCCAUUACUGUAGUACUUGACAGAUUUAAAAAAAAUGUAACUUAGUAAUAAUUUCUUACAAAAUCCUAGAUCUGUCUUUUUUAAAAAAUAAAAAAAUGAGAAGAGACUCAGAA